CUCACCUCUGCCGGGACAAUACUUCAAAUAAAAUAUGGCUUUAUUUCCACAAGGUCCUGACUUGAGGAUUGUGCUGAUUGGAAAAACUGGUGUGGGAAAAAGUGCUGUUGGGAACACCAUCCUGGGAGAAAAAGUUUUCAUUUCUUCUCCCAGUUCAGAGUCAGUGACCUUAUUCUGUGAACAACAUGCGAUGAAGCUCGGUAACAGAGUAGUUAGUGUGGUAGACACACCAGGCAUUUUGGACACGGCAAAAUCCGCAGAAAUCAUCAAAAAAGAAAUUGUGAGAUGUGUUGAAAUCUCCUGUCCAGGUCCUCACGUGUUCCUUCUGGUCAUUCAAGUCGGUCGAUUCACCAAAGAAGAAAAAAACUCAGUGGAAGCCCUGCAGGAGCUGUUUGGCCCACAGGCUAACCAUUACAUGAUUGUGUUGUUCACCCGCGGUGGUGAUCUUGGAGACAUGACGAUAGAAGAGUAUGUAAAUAAAGGCCACCAAGGUCUUAAAGACAUUAUCCUAAGAUGUGGAAAAAGGUUCCAUGUCUUUGAUAACCUAAGCAGUGACAGAAAGCAAGUGGAUGAGCUAAUCGGCAAGAUUGAUCGCAUGGUGGCAGAGAACAGGUGCACCUACUACACAGAUGAGAUGUUUCAAGAGGUGGAGGCCGCACGGAAAAUGGGAAUGCGAGUCGCUCAGUACAGGUUCCUAGCUCCAUUGCACCAGAGCAUUUUACGUUUUCAUUCCAUUCUUGCAAGAGAUUAAAUCAAUGUGAUAAACAAUCUAAACACAAGCAGUAUACUGUUAACAUGACAGCCUGUGUACCCAUAUGUAAACAUAUGAAAUACAUUAAAAAUCUCUAAUGCACACUUAGCCUAGAUAAUUGUGUAGCAUUAAUUUGCUUUAAUUUAUCAGAAUAAAUAUAAAAAAACACAUCUUUUAGUGUGUCCUUGGAUGUCAAUAGGGGUAUAUUCAAGUUUAAUAAUAAAAGUUUUGGACCUGAGACUAAUUGUUAGAUAAAAGUACUUCUUGUAUCCAUUCUAAAUGUAGUUUAUAUGUCCGAACUCAACUCUAUUGUGUAUUAUAUAUAUAUAUAUAUAUAUAUAUAUAUAUAUAUAUAUAUAUAUAUAUAUAUAUAUAUAUAUAUAUAUAUAUAUAUAUAUAUAUACACACAUAUACAUGUGUAUUUAAAAAGUUGUUCAGUGUUCUUUUUGUCUAGAAAAUGAAAGUCAAAUUAAAUAAACAUCUA